GUAGACUGUAGUGUCUCAUCAGACAUCAAGAGGAGAGCGACACUCCAUGAGCUAAAACCCUGCCAUCCUUUAAUUAUUGUGGCAAGGCUUCAAGCAUUCCCGCGAAAAGACGGUCGCAAUUUUCAGUUUCUAUUAAUUAAUUGAAUCUUCGCCCUACAUCUCAUAUUUCCCUCCGCCACCAUCAUCAAGAGCUUCAUUGUCCUAUCUUCUCCAAUUGUUCCCAUCGGAAUUCCGAGUCAACUCCGGCGGCAGUCCUCCCCCGGUAAAUUUCUCUUAUUCAACUAUGGUGUGAUUCAUUGCAAUGGCCAGUAAUAGUAGUUUGGAGGAAAGAAAGAAACGAACUCUGGAUGCUCUGGAGAGGAGGUUAGCUCAAGAAAAAGCAGCGCAUCUCCUUCAGCAGCAGAAGAGUAAGAGAAGACUUCAUGGAGAACAUGCCAAAGACUCGUACCAAAUCAAAAAUUCCUCUGCAGUUGCACCGGCUGCACCGUCAACAAAUUCAUCGUACAAGAAAGGAAACAUUACUUUCUCAGGAUAUAUGAAUAAAGAAGAGGCAAGUGAUCCAGCAUAUUUUCAACUAGCGCAUGAUGCACAUGAAAAUCUGCUGAAAAAUGAAUCUGGGAUUUCUAAGGACCUUUCAGUAGAUCACCUCUUGCAUGACCUUUUCCAACAUGGUAAUUCGGCGGAAAAGUAUAUGCAAGGAUCCAGAGGAAUAAGAAUUGACAAUUGGAUUCUUCUUGAUAAUUUCAUCCCACCAAGUAAUAGUAUGUCAGCUAGCGCACGAUCUCAAUCUUUGAAAACUCAUCCGAGGAGAUCCAAGAGUCACAUGUCCUUGAAACAACAUAAAAAGUCUGGCUCAUUCAAUUUACCUAAAGAGCUCCAGAACUUUGAGCUUUUUAAACCUAUGCAUGAAAUGUGGAAAAGCUACACAACACAACUUUUGAAGCAUGUUGGGAAAAAUCAAUUGGCCCAAUGUCUUUUAAAUGCGGACUUACAUGGAUCUCUCAUGCUAGUUGUUCAAUGCAAAGUUUGCACCUUGUGUGGAGUGCAUGGUAUCAUGGUUCGUGAAACUGCUGAAACAUUUGGAAUAAUUACAGAAGAUAAUAAAUUUAGAGUUGUCCCCAAAAAGCUUUCUGUUUUUGUGCUCCAAGUGGAUUGCUGGAAGAUUACAUUGUUGGGAGAUAAACUCGCGUCAAGAUCUCAGGUUCAGUGAUUUGGCUGUCUUAGUUUGUACUGGUAAGCUUUAUACCGAUUAUUGGAAGUUGCAUUCUUUUGUUUAGACUCUGUUUCUUCCCUGGUUUUGUAUGCCCCUUCGACAUGAAAUGUCCCGGUUGUUUGUAGCCGCUUCAGUUUAUUAGAGGCAGUUAUCUGCCAGGGCCUCAAAUUUUGGGAUAUGAUAAAAUUAUCAUCUCUCUGUUUGUGUAGGAUAUUGUUUUUUACUUGUCUAAGAGUACGGGCUUGUCCUAAUAAACCUCAACUCUCGUCUGACAUGUUAUAUGCUCAGUUAUUGAUAUCUUCAUUCUCCUUACCAUGUUCUAGCAUGUGGUUUGGCUACUUCGCUUAACAUUUGUUUUGUUGAAAGGGAAAUGAAGAGAGAGGAUCUCAUGGGGAACGAGUAGUGCAACUUUGUGAAAUUGCCAUCAAACUGUUCGUUCAUGAAUGAAUUAAAACGUAGAACUGUGAAUAAAAAAAGAAAAAAGAAAAAAAAGUAACAGAAAAUAGCUAGAAGAACUUCUGGAAAACUCAUGAGGGCCGGAUGUAGUAGGAUGAAGUGAAAUGUAGCUGUUGGAAGUGAUAUCUCAUAGCUGCAGUUAUGGCAUGUGCUCUAUGUUCUAAUUUUUUUCAAAUUUCAGCUUUAUCAGAAGAGGUGUUAGAUUCAAGUCAAGAUUGAAACGUUUGCCCACAGCUCUAUAGGAACCUGUUUAUCUAUUUUUGGUUGGGGUUGGGAGAGGAUAUAUAUUUAAAUUGGAGCAAGUAAAAACAUCGUCUAUUGUAAGAUGUUGGUGCUUUCGAGGGUUUGACUUUCCUGGGACAUAUUCUGGCAUAAUAUUGUUUCUUAGCUUUUGGUGUACAGUAUAUGAACUGCUGCUCUGGAACAGAGAGGCUAGAGAUGGGUGUAAAAAUUGCCAGAUACCAGGGUUGAAGUGAUGCUUGUAGUUUUGGUAUAAAAAACGUGUGGUUAUCAUAUCUUUGCCUUUUAACUCGAUCCAUCCUUUAUUGUUUGCUUCUGAUCGAAAUAGGGAAUGCGUUUUGAUUCCUCAUGAGAAGUGUAAUUGCACGCGCUAAGACCGAUUUGAACCUCUGAACAGACCAACUCCAUUUCUCACUUAAAAUUUGCACCAUGUUAGGUACAAAUUUGAUCACUGUGCUAAUGUGUCAACAAGUGUCUAUGUAUGUGAAUCGUUGAACUGAAGCUUGAAGCUGAGGUAGUCAGGGAUGUAAAGUGCAACCAAUGGUUCUAGAGGUAGCUGAUAUCCUAAAUUAUCUCCAAAGACAUCAUUUCACUUUCUAAUAUUCUUUUUCAAUCUGCAGUUCUGUGAUGUUAUUUUUACUCAUGUACAUCAGUGAAGUAGUCCUCCCUCCAUCCAUAAAAUUAUUUUUUUAGUUCAAACAAGAGAAUCUUUGUGCCAUAGAUAUUUAGGGCUUUUAACCUUCAAAAACUCGGAUCUGAUGAAGUAAAUGCAAAGCUGUUGACUAUCUUCAGGCUUCUGAAUCAGGAUGUGGCAGAGUUCCAGAAGACACGGAAUCCACCUGAAGUAUGCCGAGUCCUGGGCCCCUGGCAUCAUCAACAGGUCCACUUCUCAGCCCAUUUCGGAUAAACAAGAAUCUGUAUAGAUCCUAGUCUUGGCCCAAUGGGCACAGCGUGGGUAUUUAUUUCUGGAGAAGAAAGUGACAUUUCCAAGGAUGUAGCUGUUUUGAUUCGUUGCCAUAGUUUUGGUAUUUUCUAGCUAUUAUGAUAAUCGGUAACUGGAUUCAACAUGCCGUGUAUUAUCAUGCUUGACUUAUUUUAGGUUUGUGGUACCUGGAAAACGAUUGGCAAUACCCAAAAAAUGAAUAAAUUAAAAGAAAAGAGAGACAAGUAUCUCGUAUGAAUUGUUUAUGCCCAAG